GUUAACUGUCAACCGAACGAUACGUCAAAACAGAAAAAUAAGUUCAUGUUAUUUUUUAUUGAAUUUCUAGUGAAUUUGUGUUAUUUUAUUAUUUAAGAGACUGAGAAUCGAUUUUGUGUUAUGUGGGAUAUGAUGUGACAUGUCUGAUUCGUUUAAUCUAGACAUUGCUUCGGAUAGUGUGAAAAAUAUAGUGGACAGUCUACGUUGUUUCAUUUGUGAUAAGCUAGAAGGUGGUCGCGUGCGCUACCCGUGCGGCGACGGGGCGUGCGUGUCGUGUGCGGAGUGUACUCCCUACUGCCCCGUGUGCUCCCCGCCGGUGUCCUGCGCCCACGACCCCGAGCCCGCACCGGACCCCGUGCUUGCCAGGCGCGCGCAGCAUGCCGCCGAGUUACUCAGUGCAUUCCAAGACACCUUUCAUGUCAAUGUUUUAAACAGACACAGAAUAUCUGAACAACUGAAGAGGGAGAAGGAGUUGUUCCCAGACUGCAUUCAAGGAUCAAAUUCAUACCACAACAAGCACAAGCGUGAUAUAACUCUGUACGAAGGCAAGGCAAAUAGUAGUCCAUGUAAAUUUCCUGGUGAAGUUGUAGAUUUGCCACACUCAUUUAAAAUGGAUAGUUCUAAAAAUACAGUGCAAGAGUGGUUAGAUCAGCAUGAAAGUGAGUUAUUUGAAUGUAAGCCACGGAAACCAUUUGCAGAUCUCAAAGUGAACAGUCCAAAAUACAAAAGCACUCCAAUCAAAAAGAGAUCAGAUCUCAUAAUGGAUAAAGUUGAAAAUAUUGAAAAUGUGUCCAGUAAAAAGGCAAGAAAAAGAUCACACUUCAAAUCUGCCUUAUCUGCUCAUAAAAGUCAAUCUCUACUUGAUAAGUAUAUGGGAACAAGUAAGCCUAGUACUUCAGGUUGGAAAAGUGUUAAGAGAGCAAAGACAGAGUUUGAUAAGUAUGACAAACCUCAAACCUAUAAUAGUAGUCAUAAGAAACAUAAAGAUGAAAGUGGUAUCUGUUUAGAUGAUGAGACUAUAGUGAUUGAAGAUAGCCAGAGUGUUAUUGUUGAUAAGGACAAGCUGGCGUGGCUGGCAGUCCUUGAGGCUAAUGAAAAUGAAAGCUCCUACAGGGAGUCAGCUAGCAGACACUUUAGUCCUGAAGCUUGUGAAAGGGAAUGUUAUGUUUCUGUAGAAAGAAUGAAAACAAACAAUGCCCCUAUUGCCAAUGCCAAAACUGCCAUUGAAGUUGCAAACAAAAAACAAAAAGUGCCAUUUUUUAUGAAAAGUAGUCUUGUACAAAAACACAAAGUCUGUGAUGAUAAACUACAUGUAGCACCUGAAAAGUAUAAGUUCAAAGAUGUGUCUAUAACAGUUGAGAGCAAGAGUUUGAUUACCACUAUAACAGUAUCAAAAUGUGAUUCAUCCAAAGCAAGUGAUAUCAGCAUGGUGUCUAAGCUGGUCCAGACAGAUGACAGUGGGUUCAAUGAUGGAUCAGUGACAAGUAUUGAUGAAAGCAAAAGAUUUGAAAAAAAGGCUGUGAAUGCUAAAGUUGAUAACAGCAGCAGUGAAGAUAUAUUCACAGCAGAACCUGUAGAAGUGGCAAAGCAACAGAAUAUAAGUAGCAUUGUGAUUGACUCCAGUUCUGAUUCUGAACAAGAAGAAGCUAGUAUCAUUGUAGUAACAGCUGAUGUACAUCGAUCCAAUGAUCACAUCAAGAAAAGGAUUCUGAGAGAAAUACCAGUGACUGAGAAUAGACCGCGACCACCGAAAAGAGGGUGUUCUCCACAAAGCAGUGGUUCUUCAGAUAAGGAGAACAGAGAUCCCAACACUAUGAAAAAAAUUGGAGCUGACAAGAAAAUUGUAAAAAAAAAACCAGUGAUGAACAAACGCAAAUGUCUCGGGGAAAUUGUUAACAAAUAAUUCCUCAUCUAUUGAUGAUUUAAUUAAAAUAAUUACCUAUCAAACCUCAACAAUAAUUAGUUGUAGGUACUAAGAUUGUGUCCUGUUUUUAGCUCAUCAAAAUAAGUUAAUUAUUCAGGUUCUCAAUUUGAUUACACUUAAUAUUUUACAUAAUUUAUAUUAGUAUUAGAAUCUCGAUUAUUUAUUAAAAUACAAUCUACAGAUUAAUUGUU